ACUUUUCUGCGCCACUAAUCCAACUUGUUUUUCAGUAGUACCAUUCCCAGAGAUCUAGAGAGAGAGAGAGAUGGCCUAUAAAUUUCCUAUUUUUCUCAACUCUGUCAACCAACAAGUUUUAAAAUCAUUUGCCCCAUUCUUUGUUAUGCUAUAAAUACAAGCAUAAACCUUCAUCUAAUCUACAAAACCUUUUAUUCUUUUUACCACUCAUUCCCCACUAUUUGCUUGUAUGUUUUGCCUGUCUCUGCAAGGAUAUAUGAAUCUGCUGUCCACUAUGCACAUUCAGCUCAUGUGACCAACUACAGCUAUAACCGAAGAGCCCCUGUACCAGUCUUCUCUGCUUUUGUUUCCUAGCACACGUGCAUUCACAAUUUCAUUUACAAGUUGCCGCAUCUGAUAUAAUUCUACAGUGAUCAGGGGAACCAUCGAUUUCAUAUUCGUGUGCAUGUCUAGAUAUUUUUGUUCGAUUGUUCUCUUGGUCACUGUGCUAUCAAGAUAUCAAUAGCAACAGCAAACAUCAGCUUUCUUUAUUUAUCUAGCAAUCCUCAUAAGUUAAUUCCAGACAAUGAGGAUGUCAAUGCUGACGUGCAAACAAAUAGCUCCUUCGCUAAGCAUACCUGAUGGAAGACAGGUUUUGCCAUUUCUUCGCAGCUCCAGGCCACCAAAAGAAAAGGUUGUGGUUGUCAUGGGCGCAACUGGAACCGGCAAGUCUAAGCUCUCGAUUGACCUAGCCACUCGUUUCAGUGGCGAGGUAGUAAACUCUGACAAGAUGCAAGUCUACGAAGGCCUAGACAUAAUCACAAACAAGAUCACUGAAGAAGAAGCCUGUGAUGUACCACACCAUCUCUUAGGUAUAAUUGAUCCUAAUGUGGACUUUACUUCCACAAAUUUCUGCAGCAUGGCUUCCCUGGCCAUAAGAUCUAUUGCAGGUCGCAGGAAGCUCCCAAUCAUCGUUGGAGGCUCCAAUUCAUUCAUUGAAGCUUUAGUUGAUGAUGAAACUCACGAAUUCCGAUCAAGGUACGAAUGUUGUUUUCUUUGGGUAGAUGUCUCAAUGCCAGUUCUCCACAGAUUUGUAUCUGAGAGGGUUGAUAGGAUGGUUGAGAAUGGAAUGGUAGAUGAGGCAAGACAAAUGUUCAGUUUAGAUGCUGAUUAUUCAAAAGGAGUAACAAAAGCAAUAGGUUUGCCCGAAUUCGAUCAGUAUUUUCGAGUUGAACCAUAUGUUGAUUUAGAAACUCGAGCAAAACUUUGCCAAGAAGCAAUAGAUGAGGUGAAGAACAACACAUGUAAACUAGCCUGCCGCCAGUUAGAGAAGAUUUAUCGACUAAGAAACAACAAAGGAUGGAAGGUUCACAGACUUGACGCAACAGAUGCAUUUCUAAAGAAUGGCAAAGAGUCUGAUAAGGCCUGGAACGAGCUCGUGGCGGCACCUAGCAUGGUUAUUUUAAGCCGGUUUCUUAACAAUUUUGGACCUAACAUAUACAUGAACCCAACAACUGUCCGUGGGACAGCAAUGGAGACAGCCAUGGUAACUGCAACUCAUUAGAAGUGCAAGUUGUGAGCUUCCACUUCAUAAUGCAACAUUGUCAGGCAAUUUUGGCUCUAUUGACAACUAUGCUGUGUCUGCCCUGUUCUACACACUAGACACUAUUAUUAAUUUUACACAUCAAAUAUACCAAUAAUUGAGAACCCUUGAUUUAAAUACAGAAGCAGCAAUAUAUAUUUCAUAAACGUUGUGUCCUUUCUGCAAA